AUGAAUAACAAAGUAGAACUAAAAAUAAAGGUAUACUUAGAUCAAAUGAUGCAACAGUUUAUAGAGGCUCGAAAGAAUAAUAAUGAUGAAAAGUUAACAGACGAGAAUGUUCUAGAGAGUAUCUUUGAUAGAUUUAUAAUCAUACAAGAAGAUGCCAAUGACAAAGAAAGUGCACAGUAUGCUCUGAAUAUAUUUAAAAAACUCAUUUACAUAAAUUCACUAAGUAAUCCCACUUGUGAUAGUAAAAAGUUUUUGAAUGGGCUGGGAGAGACAUUAUUUACUGAAGAAAACAAAGCUAAGUUUUACAUAACAAAACUAGUGAAUGAAGGAAUACAACACAUGGCAACUGUUGCACCACAAUAUAAGAUUAAUGGAGCCAACUGUAUAGAAGGAGUAAAAGAGCUUACUGAAUAUACAAUUUCAAGUUUUUUCAGACUGAAUUCUAUUCAUAGUCAUACAAUAACGCUUAAAAGGAGUACAGAUAAUCCUAAUUUAGAUCAAAUGCUGAAGGAGCAUUCUGAUUAUUUAGAUGGGCUUGCAGAUUAUAUUUCAUAUGAGAAACUAUUUGACUCUGCAGAAAAGCUUCAGGCGAUUAAAGAAAAUUAUUCAGGUGAUUUGUACACUUUAGAACAGCUGUAUACUAGAAGAAUAGACAAUGUAUGUCUUAUGGAGCACGGAUUAAAGCUGUGCAGGGACAUGGAAAGAGGAAUUAGAGAUGAUUUUAUAGAAGAAGAACUAAAGCUGAUUGCAUCUGUUGUAGCACAUGCUAAAGAAAUUAAAAAAGAAAGAGAUGCAUUUUACGAGAUAUUAGGAACACUGUGGUGCAUGACAAACAAUAGCAUCUCAAUAGAAAAGGUAAAUACUGAUGGAUCAAAUGUGCUAGAUAUAGAUGACAGUUUAGAAGGCUUUAUGGACUAUCAAAAAAAUCUAAGUCUAGUUAUAGAUGGUAAAAUAAAUGAAUUAAGAGAAGAGAACCCGAAAAUUACCAAUAGUAUAAUAGAAAUAUACAAAAAGCACGAGAACUGUUUACAAAGCUCUUUUUCCAAUGAAAGAGAGUUUUAUGUAGCAAAACAAAAGCUUGAAAAUGCCCAUAAAGCGGAAAUAGAUAGGCAGAAGUUGUUAAUCAGAAAAAUAGACGAAUUAAGACAAGAGAGGUCUAAACUACGCGCAAGUAGUUUAAAAUACAUAUAUAUGCAGAUAUAUCCAUAUCAAAGAGAUUACAUAAUAGAAAAAAUAGAAGAGCAUGCAGAAUUGCAGAAUAUGCAAACAAAAGUCAGAAAAACUUUCACUAAGAAAAAGCUUAUGUACUAUACACUUGUCUUUGUGUUCUCUAUUAUUAUUGGUAGUUGCAUCUCAUUGUUGCUAAGGUCUCUAAUCCGCCAGUUUUUAUCUGGUAGAUACAGUCAAACAGUAUGA